AUGAGACAGGGCUUCCAAAUUAGUAGUCUUAUAAUCCUGGUGGCCAUUGGCCAUUCAUUGGGACAACUCAGGAGGUCUACAAUCGUUCGGCAGACCAACCAAAUCCGAACCCAUGCGAAUUUUAAGGCCGAAAAGAUCGUGCUGGCGGCCAAGUAUUUCUUGACGGACAGGCAAUCCCCACAAACCACGCACAUUGUGGCCAACGGGUUCAACCGGGAAUACACCAUUGGUGUUUGCAUCGGAACUCCACUCCAGUGUUUCAAUCUGCUGUUCGACACUGGAUCCGCCGACAUGUGGGUGCCAAGUGCAAAGUGCCCGGUGAGCAACGAAGCCUGUCAGGAGCACAAUAAGUACAACUCGAGUGCCUCCAGUUCCUACGUGCCUGAUGGAAGGGGCUUUUCCCUUCAGUAUGGAACAGGCAGUCUGUCCGGAUUCCUCUCCACAGACACGGUGGAUAUAGACGGAUUGGUGAUCCGGAAUCAGACUUUUGCCGAGGCCAUCACAGAACCGGGAACGACUUUCGUGGAUAGUUCUUUUGACGGCGUUAUUGGAAUGGCAUUGGCACCUCUAUCCGCUGGUAUUACCACGCCCUUUGACAACAUUAUCCAGCAGGGAUUGGUUAAACGUUCUGUGUUCUCCGUCUACCUCAGACGCGAAGGAACUUCGGAGUUUGGUGGGGAAGUCAUCUGGGGGGGAGUCGAUCGAAGUAUCUACAGGGGCUCUAUCAACUACGUUACCAUCUCAAUGCCCGCCUAUUGGCAGUUCACGGCCAACUCGGUGAAGAUCCAGGACACCCUGCUCUGUGACGGAUGCCAGGCCAUUGCCGAUACUGGCACCUCCUUCAUCGUGGUUCCCCUUCGGGCCUACAAUUCGAUAAACAGACUACUGAACGCCACUGAUUCCGGGGAGGGAGAUGCCUUCGUGGACUGCAGUAAUCUUUGCAACCUGCCCAAUGUCCAUGUGAACAUCGGAGGCACUACCUACACCCUGAACCCAAAGGAUUACAUCUACAAGGUGCAGGACACCAAUAAUCAAACUCUGUGCCUAUCUGGUUUUACCUAUCUAGAAGGAAAUUUGUUAUGGAUACUUGGAGAUAUUUUCUUGGGAAAAGUCUACACGGUGUUCGAUGUGGGUAAUGAGAGAAUUGGUUUUGCUAGACUAAGGAAAAACUCCACGUACGCUUACUCCAGCUAUAUUAGAAAACCCUCUAAAUAUGAUAAUGACUACCCUGUCUAUGGCGACGACAGCUCCAGAUUCUUUACCUAACGCUCUUAUAAUUUAAUUCCAAUUUAGGCCCACCUACGUGCGUUUUUGGUCAAAUACCUCGUGACAAAACAGCUGAAUAAAAUUUACGAUGUCUCUGUAG